CGCUCGCUCCCUCCUCUGCCUUCUCCUCUUCUUUUGUUCUGCCGAAUCCUCUCCCCACCUUUUCUCUCCCCUCUGACUAUGUAGUCCUCGGCCUGAAGUUGAGCUUGCAGGCGUUGUUCUAGGAUCGUUCCCUGCUUUGGUUCCCAAUUGCCAGCUUCCUUUCCUUGAUCUGCCCCCCGGCUUUUUACUCCCAGCAUCCUCUGAUCGUCUUUCCCACCAUUGUGGGCGUCGUUCUCGAAUCCCACCACCUCCCACCCGUGUGCGACAGCUUGAUCGUUCACGGGCAGGUGUGCUCAGCUUCUCCGCCGUGCUCCAACCUCUAUCUAUAUCUUUUUUCUCCUCUAUUUUCCUAUACGCACGGCUGGGGUCUCCUGCAGAGUUCUCCCGCUAUUUUUAUCCUCCCACCACCCUCCUCCCACCAUGACGCCUCGGCGCUCCUCUCGUGCUCGCACCUCACAACCAUCCCCAGCCAUUCUACAACAUACCAACUCCUCCAGCUCCUCUACCUCGAUGACUCGCGAACGAAGUACUCGCUCCCACCACAAGAUCUCCUCCCCUCAGCGAUCUUCCACGAACCGGUCCCAGUCGAUCGACGAUGCCGACAUUGGCUCGAAAGGUGACUACAGAGAGACGCGGCAGCGCCAGCGUGCUCGAGGGGAGGAGGACAACGAUCAGAUGAAACUUGCCGACGGUGACGACGACGACGGUGAAGAUGAGGAGGACGAAGAAGAAGAGAUCACUCGCUGUCUCUGUGGACAGCAGGAAUACCCAGGUCUGCCUCCCUCGCGUCGAGAGGCAAUUGGUCGCAAUGGACUGCGUGGCGGCAUUAAAGACGAGGCCCUCUUGGGUCUCUCCGCAGAUCCUGCUGAUUUGAUGUCGGAUGACAUCGGCAGCAUGUUCAUCCAGUGUGAUUCCUGCAAAGUCUGGCAGCACGGUGGCUGCGUGGGUAUCAUGGAUGAGGCCAUGAGCCCCGAUGAAUAUUUUUGCGAGGAGUGCCGAAAGGAUUUGCACAAGAUCCUCAAUGAGAUAAAUGGAUCAUACUCCUCCCAAUAUCUACCGGUCGCCCCUCCUCCUCCCUCCACUGCCGUUUCAUCGAGAGACUCAUCGCGCGAUAACUCCCGUCGCAAUAAAGACACAAAGUCACGAUCGAAUGACGCAGCUAUCAAUCCCAAGCGCCGAUCCACAAUGAAUAGCCGGGACGCAGCAUAUGAUGAGGAGGAACAGCUGCGGCGUGCAAUCGAAGAGAGCAAGGAAGAAACGAAGCCUGGAGAUGAACUUGCUGCACGGAGGCCAAAGAGAAGCCGCAGCGAUAGCGAAGCUCAAAGGCAAACCACGAAACGCCAACGCACGAGCUCACCCUCACCUGGCGCCGUCUCCAAAAGCAAUCCCGUGUCGCAGCAGGUCUCAGAAGAUGAGUCCAGGGCCAAACCAGUCAAUAAUGUAGCUCGCAGACAACGGGCUGCAUCGCGCGGACAGCGCGACAAGGAUCUUAAGGAUACUGAAGAACCUGAGCCUGAACCAGCUGACGCCGCAAACCGCAGGAAAGCCAGGUCCGACAAGGCGAAAGAUGACGAGGCAGAGUCCGAAAAUGAACCCGGCUCGCCAAUCAAGCCAGUUGCGACCGACCCCGAACCCAAACCUCCCAGCCCUGAACUCACCCCCGCCCCUGCACCAGAACCGGCACCACCGCGCCCCGCCACUCGCAAAUCGGGCCGUCCUCCUGCCCGUCGCGGUGGCCGCGUGGGCCGCAAUCAAUACACUCGGGAUCGGGAUAUGAAUGGAACGGACUCCAACUUCUCGACCCGAUCUCCGCGACGCGGGCAGUCGCACGACAUCGGCAGCGAUUCGCCCAGGAUCAAUGGCAUACAUUUACACAGUGGAGAGUCCGGCAAGCCCAGUCGGCCGCGCUAUGUGAACCAGCGCACCACCAUGAACGAGAUGAAGAGACGCGUGACGGCUAUUCUCGAGUUCAUCUCACGGAUGCAGAUCGAAAUGGCUGUGGCCGGGGAGAGCACGACGCCUCCCAACAACGGUGCCGCCCGAGUCAAUGGCAGUCUGUUGGAGAGUGCCCUGGCGCUGGCCGUUGGCGACAUUGACCCAGCCAGCGCAACAGCCUCAGACAACGAUGCCGCCAGUGGGCCGACGUCGAUCGAAAAAGAGAAAGACUUCAAGGAACUGAGUAGCGUUGAAAUGAUGGAUGUACUCACGCGUCAUCUCCUCAAAUGGCAGCAAGAGUAUGGCAAAGUGGGAGAACGCUGAUCACGUUUCUUGUUCCUUUCUUUUUCUUACCCUUUUCAGCAUCUUGGGAGAAAAUACAUAAGAUACCCUUCAUCUCUGGUUGCACUUGCGUGGGGACAUGUAUAAUAUGGGAGCUUCUGCAGACAGCAUCUUUGGGACUGACUGGAUAGAGAUCGGCGUUUUUACGAACUGUGUUACGGGAACUGGUACCUUGCUGAGAACUUUCUUUUUUUUCAUUGAGGCGGCGUGAUUGGAUAUUGCUGCAGCGGUCAAGCAUCAAGCAUAUUUGCUGCAUAAACCAUCAUCUCGGCGCUUUUGUUACGUGUCACGGGUGUUGAGGUUUUUGUCUUUGUAUGAGGAUGUUUCUGCGACUCGCUCGACUUCUUAAGUGGG